AUGCGGUUAUUGUUCUUAGUGUUUAUAUUAGCAGAAAUAAUGUUACAAAAUGAGAUAAUGGCAGAUCAUCGAACAAUCAACCAAUCGUUCCGAGGCAACUUUUUCAGAAGGAGAAAUUAUGAUGGGCCAAGAGCAUACCAAAUUGCUCCAGAUCUCACUUGCUCCUAUGAUAAUCAAUGCGCAGGGUAUCCCUUGGCAAUUUGCCACUCAGUUUGUCAGUGCGUAAAGGGAGCAUUGAAUACAGGAACCACUUGUAUCGCAUCUUCAACAGCCAUUCAAACGUCUGUUGCGUGUCCUGCUGGUCAAACUUACAUCCGCGAGGCUGGAGUCUGCAUGACAGUUCAACAACCGGGCGAGCCUUGUCAAUACUCACAACAAUGCUCCGCACUGGAACCAGGAGCGUAUUGCUUGAAAAUGAGAUGUGAAUGUGUGUAUGGAAUGAAGAAAAGCAGUAACGGAUGCACAUUUGUCAAUAAUGACUGUAAGGAAAGAGGUCAUAUUUUUAUUAGCGAAAUUGGGGAAUGUAGAGAAGUUUUCCCUCCUGGGGGCAAGGGAUGUUCCCAUAACCUUCAAUGCUCUGGCGCAUAUCCUGACGCUACCUGCUUUAUGCAAACCUGCACUUGUCCACCUAACUUACCAGUCGCCGCUGAUGGAACAUGUGGAAGAUCCUGUCCAAACAAUCAAGUUUACUCCGGUGUCACAGGAGAAUGUCUCCCAGAGAAGCAACCCGGGCAGGACUGUAUUUACUCUUCACAGUGUCAAGCGUCGUUCGGUGGUCUUGUGUGUGACAAAAAUACAUGUCGGUGUCCGAAUGGACUUGUCUUUGAUGGACUGAAAUGCUCACAUGGUUGUCCUCCCCACAAAAGAGUCAUUGACAAAGAAAUUUGCGUUGAAGGAUGUCCAUCUGGCAUUGUUGAAGUUGCUGGGCGUUGCGUGAAACAAGUUUCAAUUGGACAACCUUGUGUUGCUAAUGCUCAAUGUAAUUUUGGAAGCUUCUGUCAAAGUGGAACCUGCCAAUGUCCUCCUGGAUUUUAUGUUCAAGAUGAACAGUGCCAAGCAAUUGAAAGUGAACCUAAUGAAAGUUGCCAAAAUAACGAGAAAUGUACAAAGGGGUCUGUUUGCUAUAAUGGAAAGUGUUCGUGUCCAAGAAAUCACGAGUUGAUCAAUGGUCAUUGCCAGCAGAAUCGAGCAGCUGCGCAUGCUUAUAACACUGCCCUUGAAAACAUUCGUAAAAUCCGACUUCGAUUCGCAAGUCAAUCAAAAUCACGUAACUCUUCACCUCAACUAACCGAUGUAGAGAAUGAUAAUGAUACUGUUCCAAUCGGUAGUGCUUGCGUCAGAAUCGGAGUAACAUGUGAUGGUGGAUCAGUCUGUGUUGCUGGAAUAUGUGUAUGUCCAUUAGGUAAAACUCCGAGAAAUGGAGUAUGCAUUGAACAUGUAGCAGCUCGUCCUGGAACUUCCUGUCAAAACGAAGAAGAAUGUGUCGAUCACAGUUACUGCUCCCCAGAAACCAACAAAUGCGAAUGUAUGAAAGCAUCUCAAAUGGUCAUUGGAGGGGAGUGCCGCGAACGUUUGAAGGCUCAUCCAGGAUAUGGAUGUACGAUGGGAGAAAUGUGUGUCGGAAACUCAGUCUGUGUUAAUGGAAAGUGUGCUUGUGUUGAUGGAAAAGUUGAAAUUAAUAAGAUCUGCAUCGAUCAAGUGUCAGCGAAGCCAGGAGAUACAUGCGGCAAGGGAAUUAUUUGUGAAGGAGGUAGUUAUUGCAACACUGAUUCUGGUAAAUGUGCUUGUCGCAGAGGAGAGAAUUCUAUCAAUGGUAUCUGCAAGGGUUUUACUUUUGUCUAUCCAGGAGAUCUCUGUACGGAUAUCACAUCUAGAUGCACGGGAGGUUCUUAUUGUGCAAGAGGGCGAUGUGAAUGCCCACCCAGAAUGAGCGCAAUUGACAAGAAAUGCGUGCAUCAGCAAACAGCUGCCCCAGGUGAACCAUGCUCAGAAAAGGUUGCCUGUUCACCAUUCUCAGUAUGUGAAAAUAACGUGUGCAAAUGUGUAAAUAACAUGAUGAUCCGGGACAAAAUGUGCGUGCAAAGAAGAAAAGUUAAUAUUGGAAACUCGUGCAACAACGAAGACCAAUGCCUUGGAAACUCUACAUGCAUGGAUAACAAUUGCCAAUGUGGAAUUGGCUUUGUUGCCAGCAUGGAUGUUUGUGUUCUGAGGAAAACUGUAACUCCGGGAUAUCUAUGCAACCCUGAAGAUAUUUGUACUGGACAAUCUGUAUGCAUCAAAGGAGUAUGUCAAUGCCAGCCUGAUUACAAGCAAAUGCACAAUAUAUGUGUUAAGAAAAAUAUAGGAAUUGAAGGAAGUCCUUGCUCGUCAAGAGAUGACUGUGGAGAAGGUCUGAUGUGUGGUGCUUCUGGGAAAUGUUCUUGCCCAGAAGGACUUUUUUCAGUCAAUGGAAAAUGUAGAAGUUAUGUUCAACUCGGACAAACUUGCACUAGUGACGAUCGAUGUGCCGAAAGAAAUGCCCAAUGCCAAGAAAACUAUUGCACGUGUAGAACCGGAUACACUAACAUUAAUGGACAGUGUGCUGCAAACAUUGUGACUCCAGCUGAACCAGAAACUUUGUCACAAGUAAAAUCUGGUCUUCUCGGUCAUAUCUGUACAUCGAAUGACCAUUGCAAAAUUGCCCAUUCUCAAUGCCGUCGUAAUGUUUGUCAAUGUAUUGAUGGAUAUAGAAUAUUCGGAUCAACCCAGUGUAUUCCAAGACCUGGAAAACCGAAGGAAAGAAAAACGGAAAAAGAAAGUAAAUUGGUAGAACUCGGCGAUAAAUGUGAUAAACUAUCAUUGUGCUCAAAGGGAGCAAUUUGUGAGAAGGGAGUGUGUUCCUGUCCUGAAACAUUCUUUGAGAGUGAUGGAGCUUGUGUGAAAAACGUUGCAAAAAUUAAAGUUGUGGUUCCUCCGUUGUCAUCGUGUUUGGGUGGAGAAGAAUGUAGUGGAAAUAGUGAAUGCGUUCAUGGAAUCUGCUUCUGUAAAGAAGAAUUCACUCUGUUCGAGGGAAAAUGUCAAAGAUUAAGGAUUAUAGAGAAGUUGACUGUUCUCGAAUCUAAGAAAUUGAUCAAGCCGAUCAAGGCACAUACUACUCCUACAGCUGCAUCGAAUACGACGCCAAUUCCUGUGAAAACUACUACGACUCUUCAAACUACAACAGCUACGACGUUACCUGAAAAUUACGUUUCCAGUUCUACAAAUCGCCCUUUAACACCAAUUAUUAUUUCAAUGAAACUUGGAUCAACUUCGUCUCCAUCCCCACAAAUCACUUCAAAUCCAGAAUACAAAUGGAGACUUUCUAAACCCGGGCAUAUGUGUGAUAACAAAACGCAUUGCACAAAUUGUUCUGUUUGUGUAAAUGGUUUCUGUCGGUGUCCCGAAGGUCUUGUACAUUAUGGGGAUAAAUGUGUCAGUGAAAUUGAUGCAACUAAAUGCCUGGCUUCUAAUCAAUGUCCAUCCGGAGCUCAAUGUGUGAAAGGAGAGUGUAGAUGCAAGCCAGGACUUGGUAUCACAAGAUAUGGAUUUUGUGUUCCAAUAACUUUCGCUGAGCCCGGAACAUCUUGUGCGUAUGGAGAACACUGUCAAAAAGAUUCCCACUGUGAAGAUGGUCUUUGUACAUGCAAUGAGCCCCUAGUCUUGAAAGAAAACAAAUGCGUUGUAUCACCACGAGAAAAACGAUUUAUAAGUGAUGUUCACCGGAAAUUGUUACGAUUCACGCCGAAGAAGUUGGCAAAGCUUGGAGAAUAUUGCUUCCGAAACAGUCACUGUGAAAGCCAGCGUCAAUGCUUAAAAAACGUCUGCAAAUGUGCAAGUAAUUUUGUGCAAUCUUCUUUCUCAUGCGUUCCCAGAAUGUCCGUCAUUUCUUCUCUUGCUUUACCGGGAGAAUCUUGUCGUAAAGGAUUUUGUGUAGGAGGAUCCACUUGUGAAAAUUUUAUGUGCAAAUGUCCAGAUGACUAUUUCAAAAAGGGGGAUUCGUGUGUUAGAUAUGAAUCUAGAAUUGGUGCUGCUUGUGGCACUGCUUCUGGUUGCUCGGGUGGAGCCACAUGCACUUCAUCAUUUUGUCAGUGCCAAGACCAAUACGAUGCUGAUGUGGACGAAUGCUAUCCUUAUGAACCUUCCGUUCGAUCAAGAAAUGUUAAAGCUAUAUCAGGCAGGAGGAAAGUGAACAGAGUUGUUAGCGCUUCUACAAUUAACUGUCCAAUUGGAUAUGAUUUGGUUAAUGGAAUGUGUGUGAACAGUGAAACCUUGUCGGUUAUUCAAUUAGCUGCACCUGGUGGCGCAUGUGAAGAUGGUACAAUUCUCUGUACUGGAAAUUCAGUUUGUGCGAAUAAUGUCUGCAUUUGUCCCGGUGGCGAAACAGUACAAAAUGGAACUUGUGUAUCAAUUAACACUUAUUCAUCUCCUGGCGAUCCAUGUGAUUUGACAAAUACGAUUUGUACUGGAAACUCUCAAUGUAUUGAUGGUAUAUGUAAGUGUCCUAAUAAUCAAGGAGCAAUCAACGGAAGAUGUUCAAAUAUGGGUAAUGCUAACUGUGGAAAUAUACAAUGCGGAACUAAUCAGAUUUGCAUACAAGACUCGUGCCAAUGCCGACCUGGUUACUAUCAACAACCUGGAAGUUGCCUUCAAGACCGAUGUAAUUGCAUUCAGGAAGUUGAGAGUGAUUCUUGUCUUAAUCGCCAGUGUGGAAUGAAUCAAGUUUGCAUUCAAGAUCAAUGUCAGUGUCGAUCAGGAUAUCUUGUUCUACAGGAAACCUGUAUUUCUGAUCGAUGCAAUUGUGUCCAGCCAUCAGUUGACGCGAUAAGUGGCGGAUGCAUGAAUCAGUGCGGGAAUAAUCAAGUCUGUAUUCAAGAUCAAUGUCUAUGUAGAAAUGGAUACUAUGCACAGCCAGAAACUUGCACAGGAGAUAGGUGUAAUUGUGUACAACAUGUUGUGCCGGAUAUGGGAAACUGCCAACGGCAAUGUGGAAAUAAUCAAGUUUGUAUUCAGGAUCAAUGUCAGUGUAGAAAUGGAUACUAUGCUCAAACUGAAACAUGUGUUGCUGAUAAGUGCAACUGUGUCCAAAGAGCUGUUGCGAUACCAUCACCAUGUGUGGGAAAUGGAUGCGCUCCGUCGGCUCAAUCUCAAUCCUAUUUGCAAUUUAUCGGACUACCUGGAAAAAUGUGCGACUUGAGACCAAACGCAAUACCAUGCAGAAAUGAUGCACAAUGUGUUAAUAACUAUUGUAUCUGCCCUUCAAACAGAGUUAUCAGUGGAUCUAAUUGCGUUUUCUAUCUAGGAGAUGCACUUCCAGGACAAAGCUGCCAAAACAAUGGAAUGAUUUGCAGAGGAGGAUCAUCAUGUAAUCAAAAUAUAUGUCAAUGUGCUGUUGGGUUCAGUGUAGAUAACGGAAGAUGUACACCAACUAUUGAAGUGAGAUUCACAAUGCUACCUGUGACAACUGCCAUUCCAGUUUUCAUUAUUGAAUUGAACCCUGGACAAACGUGUGAUCCAAGUUGUGCAUAUCAACCAUGCAUGCAACGAUGUUCUGGAGGAUCUUCUUGUAGCAAUUCAAUUUGUUCCUGUCCUCAGGGAAGUGGUGUACUCAAUAACGUGUGUUCACCUAGCUUCCCGCAAAAUGAUAAUUACAAUUUGACAAGAACAGCUAGACCGGGUGAUAGCUGUGAUAACACUAUUGUCUGUAUAGGUGGAUCUUCGUGUCUCAUUGGAACUUGCUUAUGUGAUUCUGGCUAUGAACCGAGCUCGGACCGAUCUUCCUGUGUGCUAAAUGACAGAUACAAUGUGCGAUCCAGAUCUUAUCCUAAGACAUUUUGCACAUUUGAUUCUGAAUGCACAGGUGGUUCAAUUUGUAUUGAUAAAAGAUGUGCUUGCCGAAAUGAUCAUGAAAUGAUAAAUGGAGUUUGUCAACUUGCCAACCUUCCCGGGUCAAGGUGUCACACCAGUUUCUGCAGUAAAGGAGCAGAAUGUAGAAAUGGAUAUUGCGUUUGCGCAAAAACUAACUAUUCCGAUUCAACACUUGACUGCGUUUCAAGCAUAAAUGCAAAUCAAGGCUCGAUGGCAUACCCUGGCUCAAAGUGUAAUGCCACGACUUCCUGCCAACAAAAUUCAAGUUGUUUUUUUGGAUACUGUGUAACUCCGCAAGAUGAAAUUGAUAGAGAAGCUAAUAUCAAGAUUCGUCACAUUGAAAAAAAGAAAUGUGGAAGUUAUAAAGAUUGUGGGAAAUCGCAAACCUGUUCAAGCGAUCGACUUUGUGAAUGCACUUUUAAUACUAACCUGGUUAACGGAGAAUGCGUCUAAAGACUUGCCUAAUCGAUUGCGUUUUAAUAUUUUUCGAUAUUUUUGUAUAUUUUGCAUGAAAACAAAACUAACUUAAUAAGCUUAAUAAAUAAUACUAA